ACAAUGCGGCUAAAAACAUUAGCAUAUUAGCAGUAGCGGUCCUGAGACUCAGCCGCGAGUUUGAUCCAGAAAAACCCGGAACCCGGACCCCGGACCCCUGGGACCCCGGGCCCCUGGGCCCCUGGCUCUGAGUUAAAGCACAGAUCUACACGUUUAGACUUUGAUCCGGGUCCGCGGGGCUCGUGAGCGUAGUUAGCAUUAGCAUUAGCAUUAACCCAGAUUCUGGACGCGCAGGUUUGUUGUGAUUUUGUGAUUUUGUUGUGAUUUUGUUGUCGUGAUUUUAAAGUGUUGAAUGAAACAUGGAGCCCGCGGCCACGAAGCGCAGAGAAGCAAAGAAAUCUCUGCGUGUCAAAGUGAUCAGCCUCGGGAACGCGGAGGUGGGAAAGAGCUGCAUCAUAAAACGUUACUGUGAGAAGAGGUUUGUGCCCAAAUACCUGGCAACCAUCGGCAUCGACUACGGCGUCACCAAAGUCCAGGUGAGGGACCGAGAGAUUAAAGUGAAUAUUUUCGACAUGGCCGGACACCCCUUCUUCUACGAGGUGCGUAAUGAGUUCUAUAAAGACUCUCAGGGCGUGCUGCUCGUGUACGACGUCGGGCUCAGGGAGAGUUUCGAGGCGCUGGAUUCGUGGCUCGGGGAAAUGAAGCAGGAGAUGGGCUCCAGCACCAACACGGAGAACAUCGUGUUCAGUGUGUGCGCCAACAAGGUGGACCUGUCGAAGCGGCGGGUGGUGGACGAGGGGGAGGGGCGACUUUGGGCCGAGUCCAGAGGUUUUCAUUAUUUUGAGACGUCGGCGCAGAGCGGAGAGGGCAUCAGCGAGAUGUUCCAGUCGUUCUUCUCGUCCAUCGUGGACAUGUGUGAAAACGGCGGGAAGCGUCCCGUGUCCGAAAGCACCGCCGGAUUCACAAAGGAACAGGCCGACACCAUCCGCCGCAUCCGCAACAGCAAAGACUCAUGGGACAUGCUCGGGGUCAAGCCCGGCGCCACCAGGGAGGAAGUGAACAAAGCGUACAGGAAGUUGGCCGUGCUGCUGCAUCCGGACAAAUGUGUGGCUCCAGGAAGUGAAGACGCGUUUAAGGCCGUGGUCAACGCCAGGACCAGUCUGCUCAAGAACAUCAAGUAAAGAUCAAGCGUCGGGCUCUUUGACCCCUGACCCCCCGAGCACAGAGACGGGUGCCGCCUGCGCCCGCCAGACUGGACUUUUCCACAGCGUCCAAACAAAACUCCAACGGGACGUUUUUCAGUGUGACACCUCAAACAUGUUCAGAAAUAUUUAUGAAAUAUUUAAGUAUUUAUCCGUUUAUUUAAAUGCCUGUGACGUCUCGUCUCCUCGUAAAAUAUUGAAAGUGAAUUUUUAUAUUUUUAUUUGAUCUUGUUUUUUGUGCCAUGUUUCUGUGCCAAACUAAAGAAUGAGACCAAACGUUUCCUGUUC